AUUUUAUCACAUUUAUUGGAGUCUAGAUAACAACGAAAGCCUCGAUAUAAAAAUAAAAAUACUUUUUUUCUAUUAAUUGUCUUUGAGACCACACAAUCGUCUCUGUCACUCAGACGUCACUCGUUCCGCGGGAUAAACUUUGUCCCUUGCGUUGCCCCGUAGUCUUUCCUCUUCUCUACCUGUUUAGACGCUAAAGAUGGCGGAAGCUCCUACAUGGCCCAGCCGGUUCUUCUGUCACAGAUGUGCGGCAGAGAUUAGUCCUCGGCUCCCCGAGUAUACGUGUCCGAGAUGUGAGUCUGGGUUUAUUGAGGAGCUGCUGGAAGAGAGAAGUGCUGACAAUGGCUCCAUGUCGACGAUCUCCAGUGGGCCCCAGAGCCAACAACCAUUUGAGAAUGUGGACCAGCACUUAUUUACAUUCCCUUCCGGCUACGGUCAGUUUUCCCUCAGCGUCUUUGACGACAGCUUUGACUUUGGCGCGGGGCUGGGAACAGAGGAUAACCGGGAUGCCGACAACAGGCGGGAGAGAGAAACGGCGUCACGGCAACGCUACGGCGCCAGGCAACCCAGAAGCCGCCAUGGUUCCAGACGGCAAGCGGGGAGGCAGGAUGGAGUUCCCACAUUAGAAGGAAUCAUUCAGCAGCUUGUGAAUGGAAUAAUUGCACCUACUGCAAUGCCAAAUAUUGGAGUUGGGCCCUGGGGUGUUCUUCAUUCAAAUCCUAUGGACUAUGCCUGGGGAGCUAAUGGACUUGAUGCUAUUAUAACGCAGUUACUAAACCAGUUUGAGAACACGGGGCCUCCUCCUGCUGACAGGGAUAAAAUAAAAACUCUCCCUACAGUACAAGUUACCGACGAGCAUGUUGCUUCAGGACUGGAAUGUCCAGUGUGUAAAGAAGAUUACAGUGUUGGAGAAAACGUGAGGCAGCUCCCGUGCAACCACAUGUUCCACAAUGACUGCAUAGUCCCCUGGCUGGAGCAGCACGACACCUGUCCGGUGUGCAGGAAAAGCUUGAGUGGACAGAACACCGCAACAAACCCCCCCGAACUAUCAGGCAUGAACUUUACGUCCUCCUCUUCCUCCUCCUCCUCUUCUUCAUCCUCCUCGACACCUCAGUCCUCGAGCUCGACCAGCAACGAGAACUCCACUGAUAACUCGUAGAAGGGGCACGUGCCCCCCCCGUCAGCCUCUGAGCGCGUUUGGCUCCGAGGCCGCCGCACUUCAGAGCAGUGACCUCCGACCCCUCCCUGCGGCAGGGCAGAGGCCUGAGUGCGUCUCCCCCCGGGAGCAUUCAGGCCUGCUUCAGGGGUAAGUGAUACAUGUGUUUGUGUAUUUCUGCCGGUCGCGUUGCCCCCACCCUAAUCAGGAAUCUGAACAAUGAAAGGGUGGAGGCCCGAAACGCAGCUUCUGUCAGGGAGGAGGUGGAGAAGCAUGAAAACCUCAAGAGGCCCGAUCCGCCCGAAGCACCUCAUACAAGAAGAGAAAACAAAGGGAUCCAAAGGUAGAAGACUAGAAACAACAAGACUUUUUUUGUUUUUGUUUUUUUAAUCUCUAGACUGAUAUGGUUUAAAAUGACACUCUUUUACCAAUGAAACAAAGAGUUGUAAAAAUGAUUCCUGUUUUUCUUUUUUAAGAGUUAGCAUUCAUAUCUCAGUGUGUGAAAGUGCACUUUGGUGCACCUCUUAAGUGUGAAUCAAAGUUUCGCAUAUUGUUUAGAGGAAUAUUGCAUUUGAUCCUGCCAUUUCCAGAUGAUUUGGCAAUAGCUUUGUAAUUAUUAUGUUUUGAGGAUGCAUUUACUGUUUUGAAAUUACCUGACACUACACAGGUACCAUUGUUUGCACUUAAAAGUAUUUGUAGGAUUGCAGUAACAGGUUUUUUAAUUUUUAUUUUAAUAAAAUGAUGACCAUAAUUCAGUUACAUUGAAUAUGAAUUAUAUUUGCAAGCCUAAAACUGAAGGCACUUGCAUGUCUCCCGAGACUAUUUCAAUUCAUUUGUGGAUUUUAACCUAAAAAUAAAUAUUUUCUCAAGCGAUCAGUUGAAACACUAGUCAUUUCCACCAUGAUCAUGUUCCAAAAAUCUAUACAGAAAUAUUAAAUAGGUUUUGUUGCUAGCACUUAUUUCAUGCAAUGUCUUGUCCAUAUGACCGUUUUCAGUAUCUUUUUAAAGUCAAAUCACAGCAACAGCAGUCGUAAAAAUGGCCAGAAGGACUGUCCUCGUUUAAGUUAACCAGUACUUUAGUAUAUGAAUAACUGAUAUAAGGACAGUCUGUGGUGAUGUAAGCAGGAGACUACCUACAAUUUUAAUAAUAAAUAAAGAAUAAAAGAUUUUUGCAUAAGUUGCUCCAAUGUGUUUCACAAUUCUUUGUUUUUAUAAGAAUAAGCACAGACAAUGGAUUAAAAAUUUAUUCAUCCUUUAAAAAAAAAAAUCCAAAACUCUGGCUUCUCUGUGUUGUUUAUUGGUUCCUCUCUUAGGCCUUGUUGAUUCCUGGAACAAUAACCUCAUUAACUCCAUUCUCUGGCUCUUUUUCAAUGCAUAAUAAAGCUUUGACAUAAUUUUGUACUUUCAAAGUCAUACCAGGUAAAAAGGCUUGGAAAAAGUAAACAAUCUGUGUGUUCGCAGCUUCAGUCACUUGGUAAACACUGAAUAAACCAAUUACA